AUGAUAUGCAUCUCAAUAAGAAAGUCCACUGCGCCAAAUACCUUCCUUAGUGGAUUUUGGUUGAAAGCAGGGAAACAAAGCGCAGAGAAAAACUUGUAUGGCAGCUGUUUGCUUCUUGAAAGCUAUGUGAAGAGUGGAGAUGUGGAUGUUAAGUACCUAAACAAUGAUGAGACUCUAUUUGGAAAAUGGCUGCGAGAUGCACACGUCAACAAUAUGAAUGACAGAAUCAUAAGAGGAAAAUGGCAAAUGGCUGCUAUAGAAGACUGCUUGUACAGAAACAAGCUUUUGUCGCAUUAUGUAUUGUUCGGAGACCUGGAUGAAAGAGUUAUUCCCACGGAAAAGAUGACCCUCAGCGAGUUUGUCCAGUGA